AUGGCGAGUAGGACAGAAGCACUUGAACGUCAAAAGGAGGAGAUCGACCAGUUCACCGUCCAGCUGCAGUUGAAAGGAGAUGAGGUCGUCAGACUUUCCAAUCAGAUGCAUGCCAAGGAGCUUAAAUUUGUCCGGGAAGCCUGGAAUCCUAAAUAUGAGGGAUCCCAAAAAAUAGAGAAGGGCGGGCAGGACCGCUGCUCUGGUUCUCGUUUAAGACCCGAUCUCUGGAACACCUUUUCAAUUCAACACCCAAUAGGAGGAAAGAUCACAGCUGGGUCCGGCAGUGGACGAAGCGGAAGCGAGAAGACUUAUAGAAGCCAGUACCAAUACGGUUGUGCUCAAGAAAGAGCGAUUGGUGCCUCCCAACUGAUGGUUCUUUCUGCGCCUCUUUCGCGGGGUGAGCAAAAAGCAUUGACUUUGAUCAUAUUAGAGACCAUGGAAAAGAAAAUGCGAUAUAGGCGUCUCUAUCGGCCUUGUCCGCCAGGUCCUCUUCAAACAGUGGAUGCAGCUAAAAGCAAAAGGCAUCAGCCAAUUAUGAAAUGCAGUGGUUCGAAUCCACUUCUAAGCGGCCGAAGGUUUAGACACGUAGACGGUUAUACGAGGCUUGAUGUAAUUGACCUAGCUAUCUAUCCUCUUCCUUCCCUUCCCGUGGGGCUUUCCUCCGGUGGCCUUACUUUGCUUUCAGCGAGAAGAGAACUCAGGGAGCGAGACCCUAAAAAAAGUUAA